AUGUGUCCAGAAAAGUUUGUCGAUUCUGGCAACGUACAAAUCGUCGACCAUGCUGAGAAAUCCACGAGGGCCUACAUGACGGGCAGCGCAGCCUCCAUUUACUUUGGUAAUGGAUCCUUUGUUGUCCGUCGGUUGAUUGCAACAGAUCCUCUAUCUCCCGGGACUUCUGGUUGCUGGGUAGUCCGCGGUGAACAGCUUCUGGGACAUGUAGUUGGUGGAAAUGAGUUCGAGAAGACGUUAUAUAUGGCGGAUAUUCACGACACUCGGCGCUCGGUUAAAGAGCUGCCAAAUCUCGAAAUGUCCGUAUUUUCAGACGAUAUUCAUGGCUGGGCUAGUUCAAAUUUUGCAUCAGAAUCUCCAUUCUUGUCUGGGCAUUCUGGUUUGAAGAAAUCUAGUAGCUCAUACUCUACAGCAGAAGACGAAUAUAGAGCCUCAGCCAUUAGCCAAAGAGGAGUUAGCUCCCGACAUAAAGUACCGGAAGUUGUCAAAAGUGCUCGGAUGUCAGAACUUGGUCAGAGAGGCGCUGCUCGUCAUAUACGAGAGAAUGACGUUGCUUGGUACAAACGACAAGAAGAACUUGCAUCUCGGUCUGUCCGGAAAGAAAAUCAGAAACGCGCACAACAUACGAGUUCACAACCAUCUGAAGAUAAUGCGCCCCCGUAG